AUGACAUUUCACCACAAAGCUUAUCAAUUGGAGCGAAGAGUGUCGACCCAUCUCAUCCAUAGCCAGUCUCAGUUGGAAUCCAAUUUAUUACUCAAGCAGUUAUCUAUUUCGGGUCAAAUAGAUGAUGCCCGCCAAGUGUUCGAUGAAAUGCCGAGCAGAGAUGAGUUCAGUUGGAAUACAAUGAUAGCUGCUUAUGCCAAUUCCGGAAGAGUAGCUGAAGCUAGACAAGUGUUUGAUGCCGCCCCAAGUAAGACUGCUGUUACUUGGUCCACACUGAUAUCUGGGUACUGUCGAAGCGAAUGUCCAAGUGAAGCUUUCCGAUUGUUUUGGCAUAUGCAGCUUGAGGGAGAAAGGCCGAGUCUUUACACAUUGGGGAGUUUGUUGAGGUUGUGUUCCAAGUUGGGUUUUCUCCAAAGAGGUGAAAUGGUGCAUGGUUACAUGGUUAAAACACGGUUUGACAGUAAUGUUGAUGUUGUUACUGGUUUGCUUGACAUGUAUGCAAAAUGCAAGCGCAUUUUUGAAGCCGAGUGUCUAUUUGAGAGCUUGAGGGAUAGGAGAAAUCAUGUGGUGUGGACUGUUAUGCUUACAGGGUACUCUCAGAAUGGGGAUGGCUUCAAGGCAAUGGAGUUUUUUUGUGACAUGCGAGCGCAAGGGGUUGAAUCCAAUCAGUUCACAUUCCCUAGUGUAUUGACUGCUUCUGCAUCAGUUUUAGCUCUUAGUUUUGGGGCUCAGGUGCACGGAUGCAUUGUACACAGUGGUUUUGGGCCUAAUGUGUUUGUUCAAAGUGCAUUAGUUGAUGUGUACGUGAAAUGCGGAGAUCAUGUCAGUGCAAGAAAGGUGCUAAGAAGCAUGGAGGUUGACGAUGUUGUUUCUUGGAACUCGAUGAUUGUUGGGUGUGUAAGGCAGGGGUUUAUUAGAGAAGCUUUGUCUUUGUUUAGAGAACUGCGUUCAAGAGAAAUGAGGAUUGAUGAUUAUACAUAUCCAUCUGUUCUGAACUCAUUUGCUGCGCUGAAGGAGGCUAAAAACGCAGUGGCUGUUCAUUGUCUGAUAGUUAAGACUGGAUUUGAUGUUUAUCAACUUGUGGGCAAUGCGCUUGUUGAUAUGUAUGCUAAACUGGGAAAUAUAGAAUCUGCAGUUGAGAUGUUUAGGCAUAUGCCAGACAAAGAUGUUAUCUCUUGGACCUCCCUGGUCGCAGGUUAUGUGCAGAAUGGCUCUCAUGAAAAAGCACUUAAAUUAUUCUGUGAGAUGAGGGAUGCAGAGAUCUAUCCUGACCAAUUUGUCAUUGCCAGCAUUUUGAGUGCCUGUGCAGAACUGACACUUCUGGAGUUUGGCCAACAAAUUCAUGCAAACUAUAUCAAGUCUGGCCUUCAAGCAUCGUUAUCAGUAGAUAAUUCCUUUGUAACAAUGUAUGCAAAAUGUGGGUGUCUAGAAGAGGCUCAUAGAGUUUUUGAUUCUAUGCAAGUUCAAAAUGUGAUUACUUGGACAGCUUUAAUAGUUGGUUAUGCCCAGAAUGGUAGAGGAAAGGACCAUGCUGGUCUUCUAGAAAAAGGUCAGUACUACUUUGACUCGAUGAACAGGGUUUACGGAAUAAAACCAGGUCCUGAGCACUAUGCGUGUAUGAUUGACCUCUUGGGGCGCUCAGGGAAACUUAACGAGGCUGAGGCAUUAGUUGAUCAAAUGGCUGUAGAACCAGAUGGAACUGUAUGGAAAGCACUACUAGCUGCAUGUAGAGUUCAUGGGAAAAUAGAGCUGGGAGAGAGGGCAGCGGAGAACCUAUUUAUAUUGGAGCCCAAGAAUGCUGUGCCUUAUGUUCAGUUAUCUAAUAUGUAUUCCGCAGCUGGUAGAUGGGAAGAUGCAGCAAGAAUCAGAAGACUGAUGAAAUCGAAGGGAAUUCUUAAGGAACCUGGAUGUAGUUGGAUUGAGAUGAAUGGCCAAGUUCAUACAUUUAUGUCCGAAGACAGAGGCCAUUCAUGGACUACUGAAGUAUAUUUUAAAAUUGACGAGAUCAUGAUGUUCAUCAAGGAAGCUGGAUACGUGCCAGAUAUGAAUUUUGCACUUCAUGACAUGGAUAAAGAGGGGAAGGAGCUUGGCCUAGCAUAUCACAGUGAGAAGUUGGCUGUUGCUUUUGGUCUUCUCACCACAUCACCAGGGGCACCAAUUCGAAUCUUUAAGAAUCUCCGGGUUUGUGGAGACUGUCAUAAUGCAAUGAAAUACAUAUCACAGGUUUAUUUUCGGCAUAUUAUAUUGAGGGAUUCAAAUUGUUUUCAUCAUUUCAAAGAAGGGAAGUGUUCCUGUGAUGACUACUGGUAG